AUGUACCGAUACUCUCAAUACUUUCUAGCGAUUUUAGGAUUCUAUGCUCUUUUUCUACUUGUUAGGUUCUAUUUUUCGGAUGCAUAUACGGAUUGGAUAGAGUCAGAUCAGGAUGAGAUCGAUUUGAAAAGUGUUACUUUGAGAGGAGAUAAAUUGGAAAUAUUCAAUAGUUGGCAUCAAUGUUUCUCGGAAAAUAUGAUGGGAAUCACAGAUUCUGAAGAAUUUUGGCAAAGUUUUGUUGGAAUAUCAAGAAAGUGUGAUUCACAAGCAAAUGUUCAUCUACUUGGAAUUGUUACACUGAGGAAUUCAGAUGAGAUGAAACAUGUUCUUUUUCCGAAAAUUUUCAAUUCUGGGCCUCACAACUUGUUCACAAUUGGCAUCGGAAGAGACAUUCGAGCAGAGAAACAAUUUAGAAGAAAAAUGUUGAAACUGGGAAACAACGUAACAUACUAUGGAGCUGAUCCGAUUCCGUAUAUAAACGGCGAUUUGUAUUCUCAAAUUGGAACUUAUUUCCCAUUGGCAAUCGGUGGAAAGAGUGGAAUUUCGAAUGCACGUGUUAUGGAGAAAUACGGGUACAUUGAAACGAACAUGAUCCAUAUCGACAUUAUAUACUUUUUCAAGGAGAUUCUUAAUAUUACGACAAUCGACAAUCUUUGGUUCGAUGCAGAAGGUGAAGAAUUUGGAAAUGAUUUCUUCGAUAUUUUCUAUGAGAAUGGAAGAUUUGAUCAGAAUAAAAUUGAUGUCUGUCAAAUUAAUAUUGAGAUCCACAUAACAUCAGAUGUGCCCCAUCGAAAACAAGAGUUCAUGAAAUUUUUGAAACGAAUAAUUGAAGAAAAACGAUUCGGAGUGUACUUUGGAGACGAGUAUGGACAUAUUCGAAUGUAUAUGUUCAACUAUAGGAGCCAAUAUUUAUUUUUUAUUUGUUUCAAAGUGGUUAGAUUAUACUCGAAAACAACAAAAGAAGUUGAAGCGGAUGAUUCAGAUCAACAAACAUUAUUUCUGGUGGCAAAUAAAUCUGAAAUUUUCGAAGAUUGGAGAACAUGCGCCAAAUAUAAAUUGAUGGGGUUUGAGGAUCCAUCAGAGUUCUGGAAACAAUUCGUGAAUUUGUCAAGAAAAUGUGAUGAAGAAUCUCAAAUUUCGAAGCUUGGACUGAUUGAAGUUGAGAAUAUGGAUGAACAGAAAACUGUUAUUUUGCCAAAAAAUGAAGAUCAAAAUCACAAUUUGAUAACUUUGGGAAUAGGACAAGACACAUCUGCAGAGGAAAGAUAUCAAAAAAAAAUGCAAAAACUUGGAAAAAUUGUUGAUUUCUUUGGUGCUGAUCCAAUGGUCGAACUGAAUUCUGAAAUUUAUUCAAGAAUCGGAAAAUAUUUUCCAUUUGCGGUGGCAAGACACGCUGGAUUCUCCAAUGCAAGUAUACAGAAGAAUGGAGAAUAUUUAGAUCAAAAUGUGGCUCACGUGGAUAUUUUGUACUUUUUCAAACAGAUUUUGGAUGUUGAGAAAAUUGAUAAUUUGUGGAUUGAUGCUGAAGGAGCAGAAUAUGAAUUGUUUGAAAUAUUUGAGAAGAACGGAGUUCUGGAUCAAAAUGAUAUAGUUGUAUGUCAGGCAAAUAUGGAGAUUCAUAUCUCCGAAGCAGAAGGACACUUGAAUCCGAAUUUCGAGAAACAAAAGAUAUUCAUGGACUUUGUGAAAAAGAUAAUAACGGAAAAGAAAUAUGGAAUAUUCCGAGCUUCAGAAGAGUUCCAUAUGAGAAUUUAUUUGUUUAAUUUUGAGAGUGAAUACUGUAGAAAUAAAUAUUAG